AAUAAAAAUAAAAUAUGGGAACCGGUAGCGCAAAUUACACCCCACCAGAAUGGAUAACAGCUGAAUUUCUACAGGAUGUGCUAAAGGAAUAUUUCAAAGAUGACACCUUGGAAGUCCAUGAAAUUGUUGUGAAAAGUGUUGGCACGGAUUUGGCCAGAGGCAGUGGUUUUGCUAGUGAAAUGCAUCGUGCCAUUUUCAAUUUGAAACGUAAUGAUGUUACCGGCAAAUUUUCCGUCAUUAUCAAGGAACAUCCCAAGGGUUACACAGGUGUUGUGGCACACAAGAGUAAACUUUUCAAACGUGAAAUUAUGGCCUACAAAGAAAUAAUACCACGCGUUGAAGAACUACUCGCCUCCAUUGGUGAUACCACCAAAGUUGCUCCCGCUUGUUACUAUACCACUGAGACACCACAACCAUUCCUUGUACUCGAAGAUAUGAAUUUAACUGGUUUUGAAAAUUUCGAAAAUGGACGUUUACUCAAUUUGGAUCAUGUCCUACCGGUAAUUGAGAAAUUAGCUAAACUGCAUGCCUGUUCAGCUGUUAUUGCUGCUGAAAAUCCUAAAAUUAUGGAAUUCUUUGAAGAGGCACCAAUAUCCCGCAAUCCUGAUCGUAAAGAUUUCUUAACAUUCUUUCCCGUCAAUAUCCGCUGUGUAGCCGAGGAGAUUGCCCACUGGAAGGGUUUCGAAGAAAUCACCGAGAAAAUGUUUAAAUUGGCGGAGAAAGUUUUGCCAGCCGCUGUGGAAAUGUAUGAAUCGCAUGAAAACGGUUUCCGUGUAUUCAAUGUGGCCGAUUUGUGGGUGGAUAAUUUAAUGUUCCAUCUGAAUAAUGAGACCAAGGAGCCCGAUAAUGUGGUGUUGUUGGAUUUCCAAUUGGCCUAUUAUGGUUCACCAGCCAUGGAUUUGAAUUAUUUCCUCUAUGGCUCACUUAACGAAAAUGUACGCAAGGUCCAUUUGAAAUAUAUUGUACGUGAAUAUCAUCGCAUCUUUAAGGAAACUUUGGAGAAGUUACACUAUGAAGGUGACAUACCUUCCUUGAAGGAUACCACCAUUGAAAUCAUUAAAAAUAGUUUACAAGCUGUCAUCGCUGCCACCUGCCUCACACCCAUCAUUUUCAUGGACAAAGAUGGUUUCCAAAAUUUGGAACAUCUAACCUCACGCACCGAAGAAGGUGAUCUGUUGCGUCGUCAAAAUGUUGAAAAUCCAAAAUAUCGUCAAUUUUUACAACGCACAGUUAAAGAAUUCGAAUUGAGUGGUUUCCUAGACCUAUAAAG